AGUGGAGGAUGAAGAGAUAGCCUUGGAGCCCCGAGGACAAUGAGGCCGACGCCCCUGCUGCAGCUGGCGCUGCUUCUUGUCCUGCCCAGGAGCCUGAGGGGGAAAGGGUGUCCUUCUCCGCCCUGCGAAUGCCACCAGGAGGACGAUUUCAGAGUCACCUGCAAAGAUAUCCACCGCAUCCCCAGCUUACCGCCCAGUACGCAGACUCUGAAGUUUAUAGAGACUCAUCUGAAAACCAUUCCCAGUCGUGCUUUUUCAAAUCUGCCUAAUAUUUCCAGGAUUUACUUGUCAAUAGACGCAACUCUACAGCGGCUGGAAUCACAUUCCUUCUACAAUUUGAGUAAAAUGACUCACAUAGAGAUUCGGAAUACCAGAAACUUAACUUACAUAGACCCUGGCGCCCUAAAAGAGCUCCCCCUUCUAAAGUUUCUUGGCAUUUUCAACACUGGACUUCGAAUAUUCCCCGACCUGACCAAAGUUUAUUCCACUGAUGUAUUCUUCAUACUGGAAAUUACAGACAACCCCUACAUGACUUCAAUCCCUGCGAAUGCUUUUCAGGGCCUGUGCAAUGAAACCUUGACACUGAAACUAUACAACAAUGGCUUUACUUCAAUCCAAGGACAUGCUUUCAAUGGGACAAAGCUGGAUGCUGUUUACCUGAACAAGAAUAAAUAUCUGACAAUUAUUGACCAAGAUGCGUUUGGAGGAGUUUACAGUGGACCAACCUUGCUGGACGUCUCUCAUACCAGUGUUACCGCCCUGCCAUCCAAAGGCCUGGAACACCUGAAGGAAUUGAUAGCAAGAAACACUUGGACUCUAAAGAAACUCCCACUUUCCUUGAGUUUCCUUCAUCUCACACGGGCUGACCUUUCUUACCCGAGCCACUGCUGUGCUUUUAAGAAUCAGAAGAAAAUCAGAGGAAUCCUUGAGUCUUUAAUGUGUAAUGGGAGCAGUAUUCGGAGUCUGCGUCAGAGAAAAUCUGUGAAUGCUUUAAAUCGUCCCUUCUACCAAGAAUAUGAAGAGGAUCUGGGUGACAGCAGUGCUGGGUACAAGGAAAACUCCAAGUUCCAGGAUACCCACAGCAACUCUCAUUAUUACGUCUUCUUUGAAGAACAAGAGGAUGAGAUCAUUGGUUUUGGCCAAGAGCUCAAAAACCCCCAGGAAGAGACCCUGCAGGCCUUUGACAGCCAUUACGACUAUACUGUGUGUGGGGGCAGUGAAGACAUGGUUUGUACCCCCAAGUCAGAUGAGUUCAACCCCUGUGAAGACAUAAUGGGCUACAAGUUCCUGAGAAUCGUGGUGUGGUUUGUGAGUCUGCUGGCUCUCCUGGGCAAUGUCUUUGUCCUGGUCAUCCUCCUCACGAGCCACUACAAACUGACCGUCCCACGCUUUCUCAUGUGCAACUUGGCCUUCGCAGAUUUCUGCAUGGGGAUGUAUCUGCUCCUCAUCGCCUCCGUAGACCUCUACACUCAGUCUGAGUACUACAACCAUGCCAUCGACUGGCAGACAGGCCCUGGGUGCAACACAGCUGGUUUCUUCACCGUCUUUGCCAGCGAGCUGUCAGUGUACACGCUGACAGUCAUCACCCUGGAGCGCUGGUAUGCCAUCACCUUCGCCAUGCGCCUGGACCGCAAGAUCCGCCUCAGGCACGCCUGCGCCAUCAUGGUCGGGGGCUGGGUUAGCUGCUUCCUGCUCGCCCUGCUCCCUUUGGUGGGAAUAAGCAGCUAUGCUAAGGUCAGCAUCUGCCUGCCCAUGGACACCGAGACUCCUCUUGCCCUGGCAUAUAUUAUCCUCGUCCUGCUGCUCAACAUAGUUGCCUUUAUCAUCGUCUGCUCCUGUUACGUGAAGAUCUACAUCACAGUCCGAAAUCCCCAGUACAACCCCGGGGACAAAGACACCAAAAUUGCCAAAAGGAUGGCUGUGUUGAUCUUCACGGACUUCAUGUGCAUGGCCCCAAUCUCAUUCUACGCUCUGUCGGCACUUAUGAACAAGCCUCUCAUCACCGUCACCAACUCCAAAAUCUUGCUGGUUCUCUUCUACCCACUUAACUCCUGUGCCAAUCCAUUCCUCUAUGCCAUUUUCACCAAAGCCUUCCAGAGGGAUAUGUUUAUUCUGCUCAGCAAGUUUGGCAUCUGUAAACGCCAGGCUCAGGCAUACCGGGGUCAGAGAGUUUCUCCAAAGAACAGCACCGGUAUCCAGGUCCAAAACGUUACCCAGGACAUGAAGAAAAGUCUCUCCAACAUGCAAGAUGACUAUGAACUGCUUGAAAAGUCCCAUCUCACCCCAAAUAAGCAGGACCAGAUCUCAAAAGAGUAUAAGCAAACAGUUUUGUAAGUAGGAGGGGGAAUUAGCCUGGUUUCUUGAGCAUGCA